AUGAAGAAAAAAUGGGUUUCCGUACAGGAGAAGCUGAAGCUAGAUGUUGUACAGAAACUAAUGAGGGGAGUUAAGCGUAAUGUGCGAGCAACUCCAGACGACGAAAAGGCGUUGGAAUUCAUAACCAGUGUUGGUCAAGAGACGGCCAACCGAAUAAUUGGCAGUUUCAAACCGAAUAGGAUCGUUGAUAAAACAUACGCGCAAAUAGUGGAUAAGUUUAAAGUCUUACACGAAGAGAACAAAAAUGUGUUCGCUGAACGGCAUCGGUUGAUAACGCGGAAACAAGAAGAGGGCGAAUCGCUGGACGAUUUCGCUAUAGAUUUACAGAACAUUGUUGAACAUUGUAGUGUGAGCGUAGAUACGGAAGCUACAUUAGUGCAAUCAGUAUUCGUGGCAGGGAUUCGGAAUGAAAAAACAAGAGAGACUAUGUUACGGGAUGCAAACCAUACGCUAAACCUAGCUCAACUACUAGAAAAAGCUAAAACAGUUGAGAUAGCCGCCUUCGAGGCUCGAAAAAUGUCUAAGCAAAGUUCCAGCAUGGUUAAUUAUGUGGGUCAAAACAAUUCAGUGCGUAACAGAAGUUUCAUCAAACCAGGAAGGUUCCACGAAAGUGCAUGUUCCGGGCAAGGACCGAAGGAUAUUUCGAGUCAUCGAGGAAAUUUUAAAGUUAGCAGCGACACGGUGUGCUACAAUUGUUAUAAUAAAGGUCAUUUGUCUUAUAACUGCACGCUGCCCAAAGUUAAGAAGCCACGUCAUGGAUCUCCAAUACCUAGAAAUAAUUCAGUGAGGAAGAGAGCUUUCGAAGAACGGAUCAACCAAUUAUCAGCAGCCAUGGAAGAUCUCAAAAUGAGUUUAGGCGACGAGAAUGCUACAGGUGAUGAUCAGUCAGGGGAAGAACUGGACACCGAGGAUGCCCAAUCGAAUUGGAUUAACAAUAUAUUGCUCGGUCGAGACUGGCUAAGCGCAAUCUGGCCUCAGUGGAGAGAAACGUUUAAUCUUAAUUCUCUCUGCGAAAGUAAAAGACAACAGUGGGUGAAGAAAACUGUUGAAAAUUUGAAAACUCAGUACGCGCCGGCGUUCGAUGAGGAUCUAACAGAACCGAUUAAAGGGGUCGAAGUAGACAUCAGAAUGGAUAGCAAUGCAAAUCCGGUGGUACACAAACCAUACACAGUCGCAUUUAAACACAGAGAUAUCGUUGGGGCACAUUUAGAUGAUUUAGAAGCUAAAGGUAUUCUUGAGAAGGUAGAAUAUACCGAGUGGGCAUCACCCAUAGUAGUGGUAGUGAAACCAAAUAAAAAAGAUAUUCGAAUAUUUAUCGAAGAGCUCAUUACAAAUAAAAGUGGUGCAAAAAAAUUCGCUCUAAUUGAUUUGAGAGGAGCCUAUCAGCAACUCGUGCUCUCGGAAGCUUCCAAAAAGCUCUUAGUAAUAAACACACAUCAGGGAUUGUAUGCCUACCGCAGAUUACCGUUCGGGGUUAAACCGGCAGCCACAAUUUUCCAAUCCGUUAUGGACUCUAUUUUACGAGAUAUUGCAAAAGUUCAAACGUACAUCGAUGAUAUCUUAAUUUGGGCUGAUUCCGAUGAUGAGCUGUUAGAUAAGAUCAAAAUAGUGUUAGGAAGGCUUAUGCACCAUAACGUUAAAAUCAAUGCCGAGAAAUGUGAAUGGUUUGUCUCCCAAGUGAAAUAUUUGGGUCACAUUCUUUCGGAGGCGGGUGUGUCGCCAAAUCCGGAGAAGGUGAAUGCGAUAACGGCCGUGUCAGUGCCAAAGUCAAAAACACAACUGAAAUCAUUUCUCGGUAUGAUAACAUUUUAUGAAAGAAACAGUUUCGAAAUGCAAUUUAUCUUCCCAUAUCAGCCGCAAACUUCCCCGAUUCCUCGUUUCCCCUCGCUUACCGACCUGUCUGCCUGUCGCGUCGCCGAUAAAUGA